CCAGGAUUUCACGCCCUCGGAACAGCAAUUCGCUACGAAUGCAACCCUGGGGAUCCUGAUGCUUAUGGCAGUGGGCAUUUGCGGUUUGAUUUUGUACAACAGCUGCAUCGCGGUCGCAAGUCUUAUGGGCUACAGCAGACUCGUCCAGUGUACGGGAAGAGGCAGCAAAGAGGAACUCACAGCGGCGUUGAAGUCGUGUGCAGAGAAGCUGCUUGAGCUGGAAAAAAAAGAUUUGGAGAGCAGUUUGGAGAGCUUCACUGACCAUGACAUCAAGGCUUUGGAAAACACCAUUGCCAUUGUGUCAACAGAGCUACACGAUGGACGCUGGGACGCCCAGGAUACCAGCAACGAUCCCAGCAACGAUCAGAAGGAAGAUAAGGGACAUGUGGAAGCCUCCAACGCACCUUUUAUGGAGGAGGACGCAUGGGCCAGUGAUGGGCAAGUUGGUGCACUCAAGGUGUUGAGCACGGCCGUGUGAUGAUUUGCCCUUUAUCCAGUGAUGGCUCGGGUGCAUGUAGCCGAGCCGGCGCUUGAGCGUUUGAUCUUUGCAGGAUUGAGCCGCAAGAUUUAGCCAUGGCAUGGGUCAAAACCCUAUCCUCAGC